AUGCCAGUCAAAGUUAUAUUAUCAAUUGACGGUGGUGGUAUUCGUGGGAUAAUUCCUGCAUUAUUCUUAUGUGAAAUUGAACGUCGCACUGGAAAGCGAAUUAAGGAUUUGUUUCAUAUAUAUUCUGGUACAUCAACUGGUUCCAUAUUGUGCACUGCAUUAUGCACUCCAUUGCGCGAUGAACAUUUUAGAAGUGCUCGUGAAAUGUUAUCAUUUUACAUGGGACACAAUAGAAACAGAAUUUUUCCUCAACCAUGUUGGUGGAAUAUACCAGAAAGGCUAAAAUCCUUAUUAUUCCGACAAGCCAUUCUUAAGACGUUUAAUGAUGAAGGAUUACUUGAAGUUUUGAAAGGCAAUUUCGGGGAUCGAACCAUGCAUAAUAUUUUACGAGGUAAAGAUUUAAUAGUGCCAGUUGAAAUCGCUGGUGAGGGUCCAGCUGUCUUUAUGAAUAAUAGCUUGAACCCAAAUGAAGCUCCCCACUGUGGUUUGUAUAAAUACGAUAGAAAUACCCCUCCUCAUUUCACGCCAUAUAUAAGCCCCAAUAAUUUCAGUUUGGUCGAUAUCUGCAAAGGCAGUUGUUCAGCUUCACCAUAUUUUCCACCACAUAAUAUUCAAGUUGGUGCAAGAAAUUUAAAGAUUUUGGAUGGAGGUUAUCGGCUUAACAAUAGUGCUGAUGUUAGUUUGCGAUUUGCUGUUAAUAAAUAUCCAGGUCAUAACUUUUAUAUGCUAUCCAUUGGUAAUCAGUCACCGAUUCAUCCUGUUAUACCACAUGAUCAUAACGGAGGAAUACUUGGAGCUGUAGAAAUCAUGCGUGAUGUUGGUAUGGAUCAAGAUGGUCAAGCUUUUGCUCGUACUUUUCUGGGUGAGAAUUAUCAGCGAAUUUGUCCAGCUAAUGGUCCGCUUCCUAUGUGUGAUGUUAGUCCAGCUAAUAUUGCAGCUCUAUGGCAAGCUGGUUGGAAUAUGAUACAAGAAUUAGAUCAUGCUGGUACACUUAAUCAAAUUUGUGAUCGUCUUAUGCAAAUCAAUAGUCUACCUCGCAUAAAUGUCAAUCAGAAUGCAAAUCGCCAUUACUAUCCCGGUAGAUAUUACCGUCAUUGUAUGGAUAAUCCAAAUCCGUAUAACGACCUUAACAAUGUUUUCGCCAACAAUGGAAAUAAUCCAGAUUUUGAACAAAUCCAAUCUGCUUUGAAUAAAUUCUAUAGAACUUAUCGGUGGUAUAGGAAAGAAGAUCCGCUUCAGUAUCCUUCAUUAAGCACCUUUUGGGAUCAUGAACCACUUCAUUUAGCUGCUGCAGUUGGACAUUUUCCAAGCUUAUUGAAACUAUUAGAGUUUGGAAGCAACCCUGGCAUGGUACCAAGAAACACAGAAAAGAAGUUAAAACCCGAUAGUCCCAGCUUUUGGGAUUGGACCCCACUGCAUUAUGCAGCAGCUAACAAUGAAAGCGCAAUCUGCAUAAUUUUGUUAUAUUAUCGUUGGUUAACAAAUGAGCAAGAACAAGAUAUCCAACAAGAUAUUGAUAUAAACUUUCAAAGACUAAGUAGGUGGGAAUUAACCGACCUUCAAAGGAUACUAAACACAAAAACAUCUUGGUUGUUUAUAGAGAGACGUAGUGCCAAAGAUCUCGCUCACUUCUUUAAGUGCUCAGCUGCUGAAACUACGCUAGUAAAUGAAGAAACACAAAUAGAGAAGAUGAUUCAACAAAUAGAUCAACGAAUGCAACCGUAAUAGAUUAAGGAUUUAGUUCUUGCAAUAUAUAACAGCGCGAUCAUUCAUUAAACCUGUAGACACGCUUCGGGAGCAUCUACUCGUAAAAUGAAAAAACUUCCAAAGUCCUAUUAUCAUCAACUUUGAGCACUAUCUAAUUCCCUCGCUUUUAUUUGCAAUCAUUAUGUUAUGGCCCGACAUCUCUAGGUCAGUGAGGGUGUGGGUGUGGGUGUGGGUGUGGGUG